CCUCAGUGUGUCAAUGAAUUUGUUAUCCUCUUACAUGCGAUGGCCAAACGUGCCAAGAGCCUAACUAAGCCAACGGCUCGAGCUCGUUUUCUUCUUGCUCAGUUGGGUCUUCUGCGUCAGUUUCAUUUGCGUCUUGUGCAGUUGGCUCGGCGCGAUAGCAGGAUCGCAAUUUCACUUUCAAGUCAGCCCUCCCAACACAUCAAUUCUACUUCUAUCUUGACCAAAAACACCACUAUCAAUUUUUCUUCGAGUUCUGGUGUCGCCACUAGCUCCAUCUUAUCCCCUUCAUCUAGCGAAAGAACAUCCCUUCCCAGCAGAGAUAGGCUGGGCUGA